AUGUACGUCAAUGAGCUUGAAAUUAAUGAGAUGCUCUCGAAUUCGUCGUUUGCUGCAAACUUCGCAAAGCUUAUAGUUUCUGGAUACUGGAAUGGUAUUCCAAGCCAGCCGAUGCAUAUAUUUGAAGAUUUGGGAGAAGAAAUACCAUCUACUGAAUGGGAUAAAUUUAGGGUGCAUAAAGUAGUUAAGGAGAGACUCGCGGAAAUUCAUCUGUUGCGAAUUUCGCAUAAUGAUAUUAGGCUUGACAAUAUACAUGUUUCAAUAUCGGGAAGGGUCACUUUGAUAGAUUUUGGCUUAGCUUUUUACCCAUGUAGUGAAGAGCAGAAAAAAAGAGACUUUGAAGCCCUUGAUGAGCUUGUCCCAAUUACUGGUUAA